AUGCAAACUAUUAAAUGUGUUGUUGUUGGUGAUGGUGCUGUUGGUAAAACAUGUUUAUUAAUAUCAUAUACUACUAGUAAAUUUCCUGCUGAUUAUGUUCCAACUGUUUUUGAUAAUUAUGCAGUUACCGUUAUGAUUGGUGAUGAACCAUUUACAUUAGGAUUAUUUGAUACAGCAGGACAAGAAGAUUAUGAUCGAUUAAGACCUUUAUCAUAUCCUUCAACUGAUGUAUUUUUAGUUUGUUUUUCAGUAAUUUCUCCAGCAUCAUUUGAAAAUGUUAAAGAAAAAUGGUUUCCUGAAGUUCAUCAUCAUUGUCCUGGAGUUCCAUGUUUAAUAGUUGGUACUCAAACAGAUUUAAGAAAUGAUGAUGUUAUAUUACAAAGAUUAAAUAGACAAAAAUUAUCCCCAAUUACUCAAGAACAAGGUGAAAAAUUGGCAAAAGAAUUAAGAGCAGUUAAAUAUGUUGAAUGUUCUGCAUUAACUCAAAGAGGUUUAAAAACUGUAUUUGAUGAAGCUAUAGUUGCAGCUUUAGAACCACCAGUUAUUAAAAAGUCAAAAAAAUGUACAAUAUUGUAG